AUGGCCGAUGGUGCGCAGGCGCCAGAGUUGCCACAACAGGCGCCAGAUAAUGUGGCACAGGCAGUGCUUGCGCCAGACGUGGCAGAGGAGGUGCUGGACGAAGCAGCAGAUCAAGAUCGAGACUGGGGCUUGUGGGACUCCGUCACCGGUGUCAAGCUGGGACAGACUGCUGUUGCAGAUGCUUUGGGCAGACUCGUGAAAGGCGUGGACCUCAAGACCGUGCGCUGUUCUGCAGUAUGCCAGCAACUGGCCGCCGCGUUACAGAUUGAUGUUGCCGCUGUCACUGCGAGACGUGCGGAAAUCGAGCAGCUCCUGGGGUCGAUCGUUCAAAACGAAGCCGAAAGGCAGCUAGCGGAGCGGAUUUCCAAGCGCAGGCGGGUGGAUCCUGCUGCCGACGAGGUUCUGCGCGAGAUGCAGGAUCGGAGUCUUCGUGCGCGCACGUUGCUGCUGACCUUUGCAGCGCCCAGUCCGAGUACAGCUGUGGAUGGUCGACCGCUGCAAGAUCCCGGAGUUUACAGCCGUCGUGAGAUCCGAGAGCUUGCGCAAAGCAGCUUGGCCAAAGCGCAGCCUGCUGUUCGACUGCUCAAGUGUGCGGUUUUUCGGGAAGCCCACUCAGAUGGUCGCUUCCACUUUCACAUGUGUUGCCAAUUCGACCGGCCGGUGUUUUGGAACCUAUGGCGACAGCAUCUCCGAGAACACCACGCGUUGGCUUGCAGCUUUCAACAAGUUGCCGAGAAAAACGCGGGUUAUCACACCAUGAUCCGCUACUGCUACGUGCCGAGCCAGAAGAAGCGUCUCGAGACUCUGGAUGGAAGUCCUGACCUUUGGUCUGCGGACGGGCCCCAUCCACCCCUGUAUGAGGCCAUGAACCGACCUAGCAGUGCAACUACUGUGUCUGAAGACCGGACUCGGCAUGUGCAAACUCGCGCUGCUCAGGGUAAGGCGCCGGCUCGCGUGAACGAAAUGCAUUUUUGGCCCAUACUAGUCAGGCACCAGCUGCGUCCGGAGCAGCCGGACUUUGUGCCAAGGCUGUGCCAAAUCAUCAAAGCAAGCGGCGACACGCAGGCUCUGGAAUUUCUUGCCAAGAAUAUGGACAGCAUGCAAGACAUUGGCCGUCGUCUUUGGAUGUUGGAAAAUGCGGAGGCCGAGCUGCAGCAUCUCAACAAGACCCGCCUCGACCUGACUGUCGAAGCGGCCAGGACGCCGUGCAGUUGUCAAGGCGUGUGGCUGCACGCUGCACGGGAAAGACUCGCCACGAAUGGCUUGGAUCCCGCCUCUUUCUGGCAGUGCAUCUACCAGGCAUUGCGAGAUGGACGUCGCAAGGGGAAUACCCUGUGUUUGACUGGCAGGUAUGGAAACGAAGGCAAAAGCAGCCUGCUUCGUCCGCUCUUUCACGUGUUCCCGCAGUCUGUCUUCACCUCGCCGACUUCACGAAGUUUUCCGCUGAUCAUGCUUCCGAGGAAACGAGUGGUGUUUUUGGAUGAUUGGAGGUGGAACGGCGAAAUUAUUCCCAUGAACCAACAACUCCUGUGGCUUGAGGGAGCAGCACUGCAGAUCUCUGUCCCGCAAAACACAGCACGCGGCCACAUCGAAUAUGCGGAUACAGCCCCCAUCUUCGUGACCUGUUCCGUCUUGGAGCUGGAGGUUUGCGGAAAACAUGUGACCCCGUCUGAUUUCGCCAUGCUUCAGAAACGCCUGCGAGUCUUUCAUUUCUCCCGACCUUUGGAACGACCCAUGGACAACUUGGUCUAUUGCGCGAGUUGCUGGUCGCGCUGUGUGUUACAUGGAACACCUGAAUGGAUGCAAGUGGAGGGACCACCGCCUGCCAUAAUUCCAGCGCCAUCGGCUGGAAGCGUCGCUUCAGAGGCCGCAGAUCAUGCCCCGCCUCCACAAGACGCCACGGAGCCAGAGGCAGACGUGUCAGCUGCGUUCAUGCGCAAGAACUGCGUCAACUGGACGGUGCAAGAUGUGCCAGACGUGGAACGGAGCGGCUUGGAUGGCGGCUUGAUCUCGUGUAUGUCGUGGGACGAACUCAGACAGGAUUUGAACUGGACGGCAUUGCAAAUGAAGAAGUUUGCACGCUUCUGGGACGGUCGUUGCGUGCAGUCCGCUUGA